AUGCUGGCUCAAGAACUCAUAUUAGUGGCAGCAAAAGAAUCUAAGAAAGAAAAAGAAUCAAAGAAGGCAAAUGACUCAAAGAAAGCAAAUGGAGUGCCACAUGCGCCACAUGCAACGCAAGCAGCGGAAAAGCUUCCUGGGAAUUGGCCAAAAGUUAACGUAGCUCCACCACCAAAUGAAGAAUUUACUAAACUCGUGGAUUUAUCUAAAGUUUCAAAAGCUCCUCUUACGACGAACACAACUAAAUGCGAUACUAAAGAUCCUUAUUGUUAUUGGACUUGUACUGGUUGCGUUAGAAACAGUACUGACAUUGUGUUGUGCCCCAACAAAUUAGUUACCUUCUUUGUUGUUGGUUCCCGAGUAUAUGAACGUCCUGACAUUUUGAGAAAGGCCUUUAAAGCAGGACAUCAAAUCGGUAUACACACCUGGUCACAUCAUGCUUUAACCAGCCAGUCCGAUGAAACAAUUAUUUCUGAGCUUCAAUGGACUGCUGCAGCAAUCAAAGAGGCCAUUAACGUAACACCUAGAUAUAUACGUCCUCCAUUUGGUGAUUAUGACGAUAGAGUUCGUGACAUUUCAAAUCAACUAGGUUACAAAGUGGCAAUUUGGGACUUAGACACUCAUGAUUGGAUGGCAACAACUGACAAAACUUACCAACUAAAUUGGAUCGAAAAUAACUUUACUCAAUGGGUAAAUGAUCCUAAGCUUCGCAAUACUGGUCAUAUUUCUCUUGAACACGAUCUAUAUAAUGAAACUGCUGCCCGAGUUUCUUUGGUCGUUCCGAUUCUUAAGAAGGCUAACUAUCUAAUUAAAACUAUUGCUUCUUGUUUGGGUGACCGUCCUUAUGUGGAGGAUGUGACAACUGACCCUUCAGAUAUUGCAGCAAAAAAAGCUGACGCAAAUUCGCCCAAUCCUACUUCGACACUAACAUCUGAUGCUUCGAUG